CGUCCCAUUCCCUCGCACAGCUUCGCAGCUCAUGCUGCUGGCGGGCUCGCGCCUGUCGUCCCGCCCCCUAUUGGCCCUGCGCGGCCGCCUCGGCGCGGCGUCGGUGCUGGGCCGCCGCGGGCUCCACCUCGGCGUCGAGGCUGACCCGCGGCGUAUGACCUUUGUGGACCCGACCGUGCCGGAGGAGACACCGAGCCGGGAGCGAGAGGAGGAGCAGGAGCUCCGUUCGCUCAACGGGAUGGCGCAGGCGUAUCGCGAGGCGGGCGACCUGACGCGUGCGGAGGCGUACUUUGCGCGCGUCCUCGCGCGCCGCCGCGCCCUCCACGGCAGCGACGACCCUCGCACCCUGUACGCGAUGGGACAUCUGACUGCGGUGCUGGCGGCGCGCGGCUCGCUGCACGCGGCGGUGACGCUGGCGAAGAAGCAGUGCGCGGCGUCGCUGCGCACGCUGGGCCCUUGCCACCCCGACACGCUCCUCUGCCACGGGCACGCUGUCUCACUCCUCUCCCAGGUCGGGCGGCACGAGGAGGCCGAGGAGACGGCGCGGCUGACCCACUCCUCGUGCGCCGCCUACCACGGCGAGGCGCACCCGACCACGCUCAUCGCCCUCUCGCAGCUGGGCCAGGCGCUGAUCGCCGUCAACAAGCUCGAUGAGGCGGAGACCUGCCUCCGCACCGAGGCGCAAUCUCCCCAUAUCUCCCCAUAUCUCCGCCACGCCUCCGCACCGAAGCGCAAUCUCCCCAUAUCUCCCCAUAUCUCCCCAUAUCUCCCCAUGUCUCCCCAUAUCUCCGCCACGCCUCCGCACCGAAGCGCAAUCUCCCCAUAUCUCCCCAUAUCGCCCCAUGUGGCUCUCUCGACCGACUCGCUCGGCGGCAGCCACCCCGAGACUCGCAUCGCCUGCUCCAACCUCGCCUCGGCGCUGGUGGCGCAAGCGCGCGUGCUCGCUGACGCGAUGCCCGACCUGUCCGCCUCGAAGCUGUCCGAGGCGGAGGCGCUGUUCCGCGCGCAACUCGACGCCUGUGACACGCUGACCGCGCAAGAGGCGCACGCGCGCGUGCUGGGGCACCUCAGCCGGUACGAGGAGGCGGUGGCGCUGCUGCGCGCCAGCAGAGGCGAGGCGCACCCGGCAACGCUCGCGCUGAUGGCCGAGGCGACCCAAAAGUACCACGACGAGGGCCGGCCGUCGCAGGCGGAGCCGCUGGCGCGCGAGCUCGUCGCCGCGUGCGCGCGCCGGCUAGGCGAGGGGCACACGCUGACUGUGCGCUACUCGUGGAUGCUGGCGGUGCUGCUGCGGCAGCAGGGCAAGGGCGACGAGGCGGCGGCGAUCACCGGCGAGUGGGGCGCGCUGCCGUCGGAUUUGCCGGCGAGCUUGCCGACGGCGCGGGGGCACAAGCCGGCGCCGCAUUCGGUUGUGGACUACGUGGAGCUGGGCCAGUUCUCGCACACGCUGCAGACGGUGAGCUUCGAAGACAACUACUCCAAGGACCUCGUCUCGCUGGGCCACGGCCCGGCGGAGCUGCCGCUCGGGGGGCUCGGCGGCGGAGGCUUCGCGUUCCACUUCGAGACGCCCUCAUACUGAGGCCGCCCUACUGAGCCUUGCGGGGGCGGCGGCGGCGGGGAGGAGCGGGAGGCGGCCGAGGCACGGCGAGGGGUGCGGAGGAGGCGGAGGAGGGGAGACGGGGAGGGCUCGCGCCCCUUGCCUCGUGCCCCCCUGCCUCGUGAUCCCGCGGGGCGAGUGGCGUCGCCCCGCGGUGUACAACGUCUGGCGCGCGCACACCCGCGCGCGGCAGAGUCGCUCGGCGCGGCCGCGGCAGUAGUGCAUGUGCAAUCUCUGGUGCAUGUGUUGUCUCAUGUGAGAGACUUUGUGAGCGGGACUGCGUCGAUGUGCCGCGCUCUAGGUCUAAGGGGAGCACAGCGAGGCCCCGCUGUGAGAGUUGCAUACAUUUGAAGCGGGGCUAUAGUAAAA